AUGGCUCGAAAGGCCCAUCAAAAAGUCCGUACUGGGUGUAUCACUUGCAAAGCCCGCAGAGUCAAGUGCGACGAAACACAUCCUCGGUGCAUCAAAUGUACAUCAACUGGCCGGGAAUGUGACGGCUACAGAGCCCCUCCUCCGGGCUCGUUCUCCUGGGACGAGCUACUCUACAUUCAACCAUGCACCGUGCCAGACGCAGACCGCACAGAGCUGCGAAGCUUGGCCUUCUUCCGCGAGGCCGUGGCCCCUGUCCUUUCAGGCCCAUUGGGUCGCUCGUUUUGGACGGGGCUGGUCAAUCAGGCGGCUCAUCAGGAACCCGCUGCUAGACAUGCCGCCGUGGCUAUCAGUGCCCUGUACGAGCAAUUUGGCCAGGGCGCUUGGGAGUCCGUAGCUCCGUAUAGAGAUGGCUUUGCAAUCCAGCAUUAUAACCGGGCCAUUAAAUCCGUGAUUAACCUGCAAGAACCGAAGUCCGGCCAGCUAGAUUCAGUGAUCAUUGUCUGCGUUCUUUUUGACUGCAUUGAAUUUCUACGUGGGAAUACCGAGGCAGCGGUGCAGCACUACCGAUACGGCAUCCGGUUGCUUAAUUCCACUUGCCGGAAUACUGAGCUGUUGGCUAUCUUCCGACAUCUGAGUAUUUUCCCGCUCUUCUUUGUGAGCGACCUUUCAACCCUCCCUCCUCUGAGUGCUGCUGGAUGCCCGAGCCCCGCUGGUCCUUUUCGAUCCCUGGCUCAGGCCCAAGAAUCAAUGGACUGGCUGACAUGCCAGGGCUUAAAACUGGCCCGCGAACGAAACCGACAGUCUCUUGUCCAGGUACAGAAGCAGAUCGAUCGAAGCUUGAAUGCGUGGUCAUCCGCAAUGGCCAAAUUCAAGGCUGAGCAGGACUCGGCCGUGGUCAAAGGGGCUCUCUAUCGCAUGCUAGAGGUGCGAUGGCUGCUAUGCAAGAUGUGGGUAAAUGCCUGCACGGAUCAGAACGAGACCACAUAUGACAAGUACAUGGACAACUUCGAGCGCAUUGUUGAGAUUUCUCAGCAAGUACAAUCCAGCGCGUCGGAUGGAUCAAGUCCUCCGAGAUUCGCGUUCGAAAUGGGGUUUGCUCCCCUGCUGUACUUUGUGGUCAUCAAAUGCCGGAAUCUUUCUCUUCGUCUGAAAGCCCUGUCGCUGAUGAAGACAAUAUCUUGUCCGCGAGAGAUGUUAUGGGACAGUGAUGUCAUGACCAGGAUUGGUUUGCAGAUCAUUGAAAAGGAGCAUGGCAUCAAACUCACACCCGGGCGUAUCGCGGAACUGAAAAGAACGGACAAAUAUGCACCCUUGCCUCCAGAAGACUGCCGGAUCAGAGAUUCGGUUCCUGAAGAGGAAGAUAUGCGGGUAAAAAGCAACUCGGACGGUGCGAAUUCGGGGAAGAGCAGGCUGUCCUUUCAUUGUCCAACUGCUGGAAACGAGGUCGAGGCUAUACGGGACGGGCCAUAG